CCUUGAUAUAAUAUUUCGCUUGUCAUACUUUUUUUUCUGCUUUUAGUUACCAACAUACGUUUAAAACUGCGUAGUUAACUUUUUUGGAAUGACUUAAAUAGGCACUACCAAUUUUGAUCAUCAUUCUUUUAUCCCUCUUUCUCUUUUUUUAUAUUUAAAUAUGGGUAUUCCCAAGUUUUUCAGAUGGAUAAGUGAGCGUUAUCCUAUGUGUUCGCAGUUGAUAACGGACAGCAGUAUUCCAGAGUUUGAUAAUCUUUACCUUGAUAUGAACGGUAUUAUCCACAACUGCUCACAUAAUAACAACGAUAAUGCCCACUUUCGUAUAACGGAAGAGCAGAUCUGGAUUGGCGUGUUUAACUACAUUGACCAUCUGUUUUCCAAGAUCAAGCCUAAAAAAUUCUUCUUUUUGGCUAUUGACGGUGUGGCCCCUAGAGCCAAAAUGAAUCAACAGCGGUCCCGUCGUUUUCGUACAGCCAAAGAUGCCGAAGAACUCAGACAAAAAGCAUUGUUCAAAGGCGAAGAAUUGCCUCCAGAAGAUCCAUUUGACUCCAAUUGUAUCACACCUGGUACGGAGUUUAUGAAGAGGUUAACUGCGGAACUACGCUACUUUAUUUCUAAAAAGGUAUCUGAGGAUGCUAAUUGGCGUGGUGUUGAGAUUGUAUUGUCAGGUCCUGAAGUACCCGGUGAAGGUGAACACAAAAUCAUGGAAUACAUUCGUUUGGCCAGAACUCAGCCUGACUAUGACCCUAACGUGAGACACUGUCUUUAUGGUUUGGAUGCUGACUUGAUUAUGCUGGGUUUAUUGAGUCAUGAUCCUCAUUUUGCAUUGCUACGUGAAGAAGUUACUUUCGGUAAACAAAACCAAAGAAAGAAACAAAGUUUGGACAGUCAAAACUUUUAUCUCAUGCACUUGUCUUUAAUGCGAGAGUACCUAGAAAUGGAAUUUAGAACAAUAAGCGACUCUUUAUCUUUUCCCUAUGAUUUUGAACGCGUAUUAGAUGAUUUUAUUCUGCUUGCUCUUUUUGUCGGUAAUGAUUUCUUGCCCAAUUUACCCAAUCUCCAUAUCAAUGAAGGUGCCCUGGGUCUUAUGUUCAAGAUUUACAAAGAAACACUACCUCAAUCCGACGGCUACAUCCAUGAUGGUGGACAAGUUAACAUGAAAAGACUCCAAAAGAUCUUGGACGGUAUUUCAGAUGUAGUAGAGAAAGAAGCAUACGAAUUAGAAUCCAUUGACUCCUUGUAUCUUGCCGGCAAACGUGAAAACAGUCAAAGUGAGCGUCAAUUAUUGAUGGAAUUGGAAAAAAAGAAGGCUAUCAAGGAUGGUAGAAUGGUAAUCACAGACAAGCAAGAGCGUAUAUUCCGUCAAGUCAGCAAUUACUUGUUAAGCGGGCGUACUGGGAAAGGAACAACACUUCACUUUGACACACCAUUCAAGGCACGCGAUAAAAAGUUUAUGAUUCAAUUGGCGAGUGAUUUAAACAUGUCUUGUCACUUGGAUUACGAUGAAGCUGACAAGUCUACUUAUGUCGAACUCUCUUUUGAUUCAGACCUGGAAGAAGACGAUGAAGAUGAAUCUGAAGAGUCCGAAGACGAAGAGGCCAUUGCUGCCCGUGAUCGUGUCUUGGGAAAAUAUGAAAAUGCUGAAAUUAUUUCAGAAAACAUGACUCGUGAAGACAUCGAACGUGAAGAAAGAGAACGAUUUGAAGCUGGUCUAAAGGAAUGGAAGGCCGGUUACUAUAAAGAAAAGAUGAAUAUCGACAUCAACGACAAGAAGCAAAUGGACGAUCUUGUUGGCUCGUAUAUUAUAGGUAUUCAAUGGGUCCUCCGAUACUACUAUGAUGGUGUCGCUUCAUGGGGUUGGUUCUAUCCUUAUCAUUAUGCUCCCAAGAUUUCAGAUUUGAAAGACAUUGCUCGAUUUGAAAAUCACCAAUUUACACUUGGAGAGCCCUUCAAGGCAUUUGAACAAUUGAUGGGUGUUUUGCCCAGUUUGAGUAAAAAGUUGUUACCUGCUGCUUACCAAGAUUUGAUGGUCGAUACUGCUUCUCCUAUCAUUGACUUUUAUCCUCGCGAUUUCGAUUUGGAUAUGAAUGGCAAGAAACAAGAUUGGGAAGCCAUUGUCAAAAUUCCUUUCAUUGAAGAAAAGCGUCUUUUGGAAGCCAUGAGAAGCCGUGAAAACCGUUUGACAAAAGAAGAAAAAGAAAGAACCAAGAUUGGCAACAGUUACAAGUUUGUCUAUGAUGAGUCUUUAGCCAAGAAGAAUCCUGAUGAUUUACCUGUCUAUCCUAGUCCUUUGCCUGGUGUCUUUCCCGAUAUUCACCACUGUCUUGCUCGUGAAGAAAUCUACAAUUUACCAACAUUGACUGUACACAACUACAGAAUGGAAUUAAGAAAGGGCUUGUUGCCUGGUGCUAAGGUUGGCAAGGACGCAUUGGCAGGUUUCCCUUCACUCCAAACAAUCCCUCAUACAUUUGAAAUCAAACACCAUGGUGUUCACGUCUUCCAACAAGACAGCCGUAAUGAAUCCGUUGUCAUCUCUAUCAAGAACAAGUACCAACAUGCUGAUAUUGAAGAGAUUGCCAAAUUGUUCCUGUACAGAUCAAUCUAUGUGCAAUACCCUUAUUUGAAAGAAGCUGUUGUCAUCGGUGUCUCUAAUGCUGAAAAGAAAUACUAUGUUACAUUUAAUAACGGUAAGAAGCAAAUUUUGGAACAUAUCUGGGACGAUAAAGAAAGAGAGGCUUGGGAAUCACGUAUGGGACGUGCUGAAUACAUGCCUAGCAAACGUUUUGGUUUGUUGGUAGGUGAGAUUGAAGUUGGUUUUCACGUCUGUGUGUUGAACGGUAUGCAUCAAACAGAAGAAGGUGCUCUUGUCAAGGAAUUUGUCAAUCCUAGCUUGGAAGAUUUAGUACCUAUUCAGAUGGUUGUUAUCAAGGUGGCCAAUCCCGAUCCUCGUUAUAUCGAAAAGCCUGCUCCCCCCAUUCACAAGAGUUUCCCUGUCAAGUCUACCGUUUUUUUCUUGGGCAACAAGUUUUUGGGUGCUCAAGCUACUGUGGUUGGUCAUAGCCAUGGCAAUGUUGAUAUUGAAAUGACUGUGCCUGUGGACGAAAAAUAUCAAAGCGAACCUGAAUUUGGUCAUGAAAUUACACGCAAGCAAGAAGAAACAGUUCGCUACGAACCUGCUAAUGCUGUUGCUCGUGAGCUCGGCUUGAAUCCUUUGACCUUGUCCAAAUUGACUUCUGCUGUGAGUGUGGUUGAAAAGAAUAAUCAGCGCCUCAAUGUCGGAUUGAACUUGAAGUUUGAAAGCCGAGGUGAAAAGGUCUUGGGCUACACUCGCAAGAACCCUAUUGGCUUUUGGGAAUAUUCAAGUGCGGCUGUUGCCCUGAUUAAAGAGUACACUGAAAAGUUUCCUGAGUUUGUCAACUUGUUGAGAAACCAAAAGAGUUCAGGCAUGUUGAGUGUGGACGAUUUCUCUUGGACAAGUGAUGGUCAUGCUGCUCUUCGUCAAAUGAAAGACUGGGUGCACAGCAAGAAGAUCGAUAAUCUUAUUCGUGCUACUUUUGACACAGAAGAAUUGGAUGAUGAUAGUUGUCACAAGGUGGAAGAGGCUGCUAUCAAGUACCAUGAAGAGUAUGAAAACUUUGAUUUCAAGAAAGUGGUUAUCCGUGGUGUGCCUCGUAAAGUCUUAUUGAAGCCUGCUGAUGCUGAGGUGCGUCUUAACUAUCAAACUUUUUCUUUGGGUGACCGUGUGGUCUAUGUCUGCGAUACUGGUUUCGUGCCCCUUGGUAAUAAGGGUACAGUGGUAGGCACAAGAGAGAAAGUGGUAGACGUUAUCUUUGAUACUACGUUUAUGAGUGGUACUUCACUUGGUGGAAAAUGCUCUCAAUUCCGUGGUAUUACCUUGCCUUAUUCUACUCUGAUCAAUAUCAGUAAUCCUUCUCACAAGAAUGAGAGCAAUCCCCCUAACAACCGCUCUAAUAACUAUAAUAAUCAUGGUCAUCAUAAGGGUAAUCACCACAAUAACCAUGAGCACUAUAACAAUAGAGAUCAAGAGUCAUCCCGUGGUGGUCGUGGCGGCAAUAGAGGCUUUAGAGGUGGUCGUGGCCGUGGUGGUCGUGGAAAUGGUCGAGGUAAUGGCAGAGGCGGUCAUGACCAUCGUUCCCUCUACUAGAAAUCCUUUUUUUUUUAGGUAAUGAAUACUGUUUAAUAAACAAGAAUUUGCUAC